AUGCCCGGCGGGUUGCACGUAACUCUGAAGCUGUCGCAGGAAUACCACCCGGACCCCCAGGCACAGGCCCGAAAAUGCAAUGCGCUGCUCCGCACCAACAUCCGCAAGCUCGACCGCGACAUCAACAGCAUCAAGCAGGCCGAGGCCAAGGCGCGGCAACUCAUCAUCCAGGCCGACAAGCGCGGGCAGCGCGACCCCUCGCGCGCCGCUCAGGCCAAGAAGGACGUGCGCAGCUUCGCCGGCGAGCUCAUCCGCGCGCGCCGGCAGACUGCGCGCCUGCACACGGCCAAGGCGCAGCUCAGCUCGGUGCAGAUGCAGGUCAGCGAGGCCUUUGCCGUGCGCAAGAUUGAGGGGUCCAUCAAGGCGAGCGUCGGCAUCAUGAAGGAUGUCAACAAGCUCAUCAGCCUGCCCGCGCUGGCGGGGACCAUGCGCGAGCUCGGCACGGAGCUCAUGAAGGCGGGCAUCAUCGAGGAGAUGGUCGAGGACGUCCUGCCCGAGGACAAUGAGCUGCUGCUCGAGGACGAGGCCGAGGCCGAAGUCGACAAGGUCCUCAGCCAGAUCCUCACGGAGAAGAAGCAGCCCGCCGCGAACUUGCCGGCCGCGCCCCUGCCCGACCCCGAGGUGCCCGUCCCGGCGGAGGAGGUCGAGGAGGAGGAGGACCCGGAGGAGAUGAUGGAUCAGAUGCGGGAUCGCUUGAAUGCGUUGCGAAGUUGA